AUGGAUGCAGCAGCCUCUGAUAAUUCCACGGACCCCUUUAGCCAAUCCACUGAAAACAAAGAGGUGGCAAUUUUACACAUGAUACUCAAAGGAGGGCAUAGCAUAAAUUCAUGCAAUUGUGCCGGUGAAUUAGCAUUGGUGGAUGAAUUGUCACUGGAAAAAGAAAACUAG